AUGACUGGCAGCAUGGAUACCGAAAGUGUCAUGAAGCAGCUUCAGGCUAUGGAAGCCAAGAUCGAAAAGCUUACAGCUGAGGCUGAUGUGCGAAAGCUGCAGCAUAUCUACGGAUAUUACCUUGACAAGUGUCUUUACAAAGAGGUGGUGGACCUGUUCUCAGACUCACCAGAUGCAUACGUGCAGUUUCUGAAUGGCCGCUUCAGAGGUAAAGACUCAAUCCGUCGGCUGUUCAUCGACAGAUGGUCCAAUUACUUUGUCGGCGGCCGCAACGGCCCCAUCCACGGCUGGCUUCUAGACCACUUCAUCGGCCAAGACGUCGUAGAUUUCCAGCCCGGAACAAACACCGCCAAAUACCGCGGCAGAACCCUCAUGAGCGCCGGCACCCACAAGACCCUAUCCCCCGAAUACCCAGGCGGCCAACGUCAAUGGUGGGAGGGCGGCGUCUACGAGAACGAGUACAUCAAGGAGAACGGGGUGUGGAAGAUCUUCCGGCUGCGGUAUCAUCCCUUCUGGCAUGGAAGUGUUGAGAAGGGUUGGCAGGAUGCUGAUAAGUUUGUGCCCUUGUUUAAGGAGACGUAUCCGGCGAAUCCGCAGGGACCGGAUGAGCUUUGGGAGGGGGGUGAUUUGUGGCCUGAUACGAGGGUUGUGCCGUUUCAUUAUGUGCAUCCUGUUACGGGGAAGCAGGUGGCGGAUGAGGAUUUGCAGGCGCCUAAGUGGAGGGAACCGGCGACUAGUGCGCCGCCUGCGAGAGUGAUUGAUGACUGGACUGUUUGA